UGGCUGGGGGCGGGGGGAGCGAAGCGUGGGGUUCUGCGUGUGAUUGUGACCUUAUGUGACUGUGUGGCUCUGUGUGUGCAGGUUUGAUUGUAUGUCUUCUUUGUAGUUGUGUGAUUGCAAUAACGUGAGGCAGCGCGUGUAGAAGUGAUGGUGUUCCCCUAGUAGUGGAACUGUGAUUGUGUAUAACUUUGUGUGACACUUUGUGUAGUGGGGAGGGGGGAGUUUUGAGAAUCUGUGAUGCCUCUGUGUGUAAUUGUGUUUAUAUGAAUGUGAGCAAGUAUUAAGUGUACUGGAUGCCUGUGACUAUUUAAGGUUGUAGUGACUGUAACUUUUUGUGGCAGUAUGCGCGCGGCUGGAAAGUGACUAAUUGUGCCAGAGUAACGGUGUGUUUGUCCUAGUGGGCGUUGUGUGGAGUGUAGUUCUCAGGAGGAGGGCUGGGGGGAACGGUAACUGUGUCUCUGUGGCGAGUGUGGUAUUGUGACUGUGUAGCACUGUAUGAUUUGUUGGGGUGCUGUGUUUGAGGAAUCUGUAAACGUCUGCAUGUGACUCUGUAUCCUCAAGGUGGAUAAAGGGUUAUGACUGUGUGAUAUGUGUUAAUAAUUACUUGGGUGGAAUGUAUGUAGGUCCACAUGGUGGGUGAGUUACUGCAGCAUUAGGCUUGUGAGUGUGAGGUACCUGUUACCGCCCUUGUUACUCCAGCUUUCUGUCCCAGGAGACUCCUGUGAGGUCAGGAACAAAUUCUGAUAUCAGACAGAAGAGACUUCACCCCUCUGACACGAGGAAUGCUCAGGGAAGCCUAGACUCCUCUAACCUCCUUCCAUCCCUCUUCCUCUUCGGUGGAAGAUGUAGCUCCACAGUAACCUCCGAUCUGAUCAGUCUGAACCACAAGAAAGGCCUGGAGUGUCAUCGUUCAUUUUUUUCUUCUUCAGAUCUGCUCUUCUCCGAGAGGUACCCAGAGGAAGAAAGAGGAAUGGCCGUUGACCAAGCCAAAUACAAGAACACUGUCCUUUUCCAGGAGAACAACACUGAGGAGGACUGAUCAUCUCCUGCAACAUUGAAAGCCAUGGCCAAGGGAACAGUGGUGUUCAGUGAUGUGUCUAUAGACUUCUCUCAGGAGGAGUGGGAGUGCCUGGACCCUGUUCAGAGGGACUUGUACAGAGACGUGAUGUUGGAGAACUACAGCAAUCUAGUUUCAGUGGGACCUUAUAUUCCUAAGCCUCAAGUGAUCUCCUUAUUGGAACAAGGGAAAGAGCCCUGGAUGGUUGGCAGAGAGCUUACAAGAGGUCUGUGUUCAGAUCUGGAAUCAAUGUGUGAAACCAAGUUAUUAUCUCUAAAGAAGGAAGUAUAUGAAAUAGAAUCAUGCCAGAGGGAAAUGAUGGGACUUACAAAGCAUGGCUUUGAGUAUUCCAGUUUUAGAGAGAUUUUGGAUUAUAGAAGCCACUUUGCAAGACAACUGGGAUAUCCAAAUGAGCAUUUCAAUCAAGAAAUAUUCACUCAUGAAUACAUGCCCACAUUCAUUCAACAGACAUUUCUUACUCUGCAUCAAAUAAUUAAUAAUGAACAGAAACCCUAUGAAUGUAAGAAAUGUGGAAAGGCCUUCAGUCAGAAUUCACACUUCAUUCAACAUCAGAGAAUUCAUAUUGGUGAAAAAUCUUAUGAAUGUAAGCAAUGUGGGAAAUUCUUUAGUUGCGGUUCACAUGUUACUCGACAUCUGAAAAUUCAUACUGGUGAAAAACCCUUUGAAUGUAAAGAAUGUGGAAAGGCCUUCAGUUGUAGCUCAUACCUUUCUCAACAUCAGAGAAUCCAUACUGGUAAGAAACCCUAUGAAUGUAAGGAAUGUGGGAAGGCCUUUAGUUAUUGUUCUAAUCUUAUUGACCAUCAACGAAUUCACACUGGUGAAAAACCCUAUGAAUGUAAAGUAUGUGGGAAAGCCUUUACUAAGAGUUCACAACUUUUUCAACAUGUACGAAUUCAUACAGGUGAGAAACCCUAUGAAUGUAAGGAAUGUGGCAAAGCCUUUACUCAGAGCUCAAAGCUUGUUCAGCAUCAGAGAAUUCAUACUGGUGAGAAACCUUAUGAGUGCAAAGAAUGUGGCAAAGCCUUUAGUAGUGGCUCAGCACUUACUAAUCAUCAGAGAAUUCACACUGGUGAAAAACCCUAUGAUUGUAAGGAAUGUGGGAAAGCUUUUACUCAGAGUUCACAGCUUCGUCAACAUCAGAGAAUUCACGCUGGUGAGAAACCCUUUGAAUGUCUUGAAUGUGGAAAGGCCUUUACUCAGAACUCACAACUUUUUCAACAUCAGAGAAUUCAUACAGAUGAAAAACCGUAUGAAUGUAGUGAAUGUGGAAAGGCCUUUAAUAAAUGCUCAAACCUUACUCGACAUCAGAGAAUUCAUACUGGGGAAAAGCCCUUUAACUGUAAGGAAUGUGGGAAGGCAUUCAGCAGUGGCUCAGAUCUCAUUCGUCAUCAGGGAAUUCAUAAUAAUGAAUAAUACAUGCUAAAACUCGUCACCUUCAUAAUAUUUUGAAUAAAACUUUAUGUUUAAUAAUAAUCCUCGACUAGGCACCUGUAGCUAAGCAGCUAAGGCACUUGCCACAUACACAAGACAUGGCCAGUUUGAAUCCAGCCCGGGCCUGCCAAACAAUGACAACUACAACCAAAAAAUAGCUGGGCAUUGUGGCAGAUGCCUGUCGUCCUAACUACUUGGGAGGCUGAGGCAAGAGAAUCGCUUAAGCCCAGGAGUUGGAGGUUGCUGUGAGCUGUGACGCAACAGCACUCUACCCAGGGUGACAGCUUGAGGCUCUGUCUCAAAAUAAUAAUAAUAAUCCUUCACUAUUUUUUGUAUUUAGAUUUUGAAUCCAAAUGUACUUCAUUCUAAGUUAUAAAUUCUGAGUUAGAAUUGUCAUUUCCUCCCUAAUAUUGUACCAGUGUCAAUUGUUAAUAUAAUUCUGUUCUUCCCCAUUGUUUGGUUCUACUUUCUUGGAGAUGCAUUAUAUUCCUAUAGUUCAGUGUUUUUAGAGCUAUCUUUUCUCAUCUGUGUAUUUGUGCUUAUACCAGUAUCAGUCUGAAUUGUAUGAUAUUUAAUAUUUUAAAAUUCCUUCUGGAAUUAUAGUUUUCUUUUUAAAGUCAAUGUUUACCUUUCGUUUUAUUUUACAAAUUUAUAUUUUUAAUUAGAAAACAAAAUUAGAAACUAAAAUUUCAAAAUCAUAAUCAUAUAUAUAUGUGUGUAUAUAUAUAUAUAUAUUUUUUUUUUUUUUUUUGCAGUUUCUAGCCAAGGCUGGGUUUGAACUCACCACCUUCGGCAUAUGAGGCCGGUGCCCUACUCCUUUGAGCCACAGGAACCGCCCCCAAUCAUAUGUAUUUUUUUUAAGACAGAGUCUCACUGUCACCCUCGGUAGAAUGAUGUGGCAUCACAGCUCACAGCAACCUCAAACUCUUGGGCUUAAGCAAUUCUCUUGCCUCCGCCUUCUAAGUUGCUGGGACUACAGCCUCCAGCUGUCACCCUGGGUAGAGUGCUGUGGCAUCACAGCUCACAGCAACCUCAAGCUCUUGGGCUUAAGCGAUUCUCUUGCCUCAGCCUCCCAAGUAGCUGGGACGACAGGUGCCCGCCACAAUGCCCAGCUAUAUUUUUGUUGUAGCAAUCGUUGUUUGGUGGGCCUGGGCUAGAUUCAAACCCACCAGCUCAGGUGUAUGUGGCUGGCGCCUUAGCCGCUGAGCCACAGGAGCUGAGCCUUGGCUAUUUUUUGGUUGCAGUUGUCUUUCUUGUUUAGCAGGCCCUGGUCGAGCUUGAACCUGCCAGCCUCGGUGCAUGUGGCUGACACCCUACUCACUGAGCUCCAAACCCAUGUAUGUAUGUAUGUAUGUAUGUAUGUAUGUAUGUAUCUAUAUAAAUAGAUACAUCAUAGCUCACAUUUUUUUUUUUUUUUUUGGUGAGACAGAGUCUCAAGCUGUUGCCCCCAGUAGAGUGCUAUGGUAUGCUCACAGCAACCUGAAACUCUUGGGCUUAAGUGAUUCUCUUGCCUCAUUCUCCCAAGUAGCUGGGACUACAAGUACCCGCUACAAUGCCCAGCUAUUUUUUGUUAUUGUUGCGGUUGUCAUUUUUGUUUUAGCUGUUUUUGCAGUUUGUCAUUGUUUGUUUGAACCCUCCACCCUCGGUGUAUGUGGCCUGCCCCCUGCUGACUGAUGCACACGCCAAUGGCAAUCAUAUUUAUAGAUGACUACUUUCAUUUUGGUAUAGCAAGUUCAUAGAGACUUUGUUUUUGUUUUUUUGUUUGUUUUUGAGACAGAAUCUUACUUUGUUGCCCUCAGUGGAGUGCUGUGGCAUCAUAGCUCACAGCAACCUCAAACUCUUGGGCUUAAGCUAUGCUCUUGCCUCAGCCUCCCAAAUAGCUGGAACUAUAGGUGCCCACCACAACACCUGGUUGUGUUUUAGAGACAAGACCUCACCAUUGCUCUGGUUGGUCUUGAACUCAUGAGCUCAAGAAAUCCACCCGCCUUGGCCUCACAGAAUGCUAGGAUUGAGACUUUAUUUUUUUAGAGUGUAAUUAUAGUCUGUACCUUCAGCUGCUUUUUGUCACCAUAGGCAGAGUGCCGUGGUGUAGUAGCUCACAGAACCUCAAACUUUUGGGCUGAAGUUAUUCUCUUGCCUCAGCCUCCCGAGUAGUUGGGACUACAGAUACCCAACAAAACUCCCAGCUAUUUUUAGAGAUGGGAUCUCACUCUUGCUCAGGCUGGUCUCAAAAUCCUGAGCUCAGGGUUAAAGGCCUGAUCCACUGUGCCUGGCCACCUUCACCUGCUUUUAUCAUGCCAAGAGAAACAUGAUUGCCAUUUCAGUAAACAUAUUUUAAUUAUUUUUAAUGACAUAUUUCAUGACUUUUUAAAUUACUAUUCACAUUAUAGUUGCCUCCUAAUUUUUGCAGUGAUAAAAGCUGUCCUAUUAAUACGACCCUAAAUUUACAUUAGGAUGCUUGUUUUUCUUUUACAGUAUUUAUUUUCAGCUACUGAUAUCAACAUUUUCUCUUUGUAAACUGUUUUGUUCCUUUUCAUCAAUCCUAAUCCCAAUGCCAUCUGGAAAGGUGAUAACUGUUAUAAAGGUGUUGUUUAUCCAUUCAGAUAUUUAAAUUUUUUUCUCAUAUGUUAGUGUUUUAUUUCUUAUGUAUACUUAUGUAUAAUCAUGCUGUAUGUAUUAGUUUGCUGUGAAUUAAUAAAUGUAAAGUACUUGGAACUAUUUUUGUCACACAAUAUGUUUAG